AUGAACAGGGCAUUUUUGCGCUUGUGCUUCUUCGCUUUGUCUGUUUCUGGCAUCAUCUACAGCCGAGAGGUUCGUAACCAUGUCAGCAGCAUCUGUAGCACAUGGGGCAGAGAGCACUUCAAGACCUUCGAUGGUGGCAUGUACCAGUUCCCAGGUCUGUGUGAAUACAACCUGGUCUCCGACUGCCACGAGAUGUACCAGAUAUUCUCUGUUCACAUGAGAAGGAGUGAGAACAACGGAACUUCUAGCAUCAGUUACCUGGUGGUCACCAUCAAUGAGCUGUCGUUCCACCUCACUAAGAACACGGUGCUGGUGGACAACCUUCAGGUCAAACUUCCUUACUACGAUGCAGGAGUGCAAGUGGAAAGAAAUGCUGUUUACAUGAAGCUCAAAUCCAAAGCUGGCCUCACUGUCAUGUGGAACAGGGAUGAUGCUGUCAUGGUGGAACUGGAUCAUGACUUUGCUCAUCGUACAUGUGGUCUUUGUGGAGACUUUAAUGGUGUUCAACAGAAUGAAUUCAUUCUUUAUGGUCGCGAAAUUACCCCCAUUGAAUUUGGCAACAAACAGAAAGUCCAUCUUCCAAAUGAUGAUUGUGAGGAGGCGAAGGAGCUACUGGAUUCAUGCGAGGAGUUUACAGCUGUGUGUGAAGGGCUGUUCCCGUCAAACGUCUGGAGCUCCUGCUUGGAUCUGGUUGACCCUGACCCUUAUAUCCAGGCCUGCAAGCAGGACAUGUGCAGCUGCACCAGCAGCACUAACAGCACAUGUACAUGCAGAACACUGGCUGAGUUUUCCCGCCAGUGUUCCCAUGCAGGAGGACAGCCACCCAACUGGAGGACACCUCAGUUCUGCGAUAAACAGUGUCCAUUCAACAUGGUUCAUGAAGAGAGUGGCUCGCCGUGCAUGGACACUUGCACACUUCCAGACACAAGUUCACUGUGUGAGGAACACAAAAUGGACGGCUGCUUCUGUCCUCCAGGGACUGUGUUUGAUGACAUUUCCAUGAGAGGUUGCGUUGCUCAGUCUGAAUGUCAGUGCAAACACGAUAAGAUCUACAGCGCUGGCGAGGUUUACCGGCAAGAUGGAAAAAACUGCACAUGUUCUGACGGUAAAUGGACAUGUGAGGUUAUUCAAGCUCCUGCUACAUGUGCCGUUGAAGAGGGUUCACAUGUGACUACGUUUGAUGGGAAAACCUACACUUUUCAUGGAGACUGUUAUUACACUCUAGCCAAGGUGGAAAACAAGAAUGAAGCCAGUACAAACUUUACCAUCCGCGCCCAGUUGGUGCAGUGUGCCAAUCAAGAGUUUGACACAUGCCUUAAGAACCUUAAAGUCCUGUUGAACAAUGACAGAAACAAAAUGUUUACGUUCACGUCAGAUGGUGCAGUAAAGCAGACCAUGCAGAUGAUCACUUUGCCGUAUGACUCAGAUGACAUCCAUAUAUUCCACGCUUCAUCCUUUCAUAUCCUGCUCCAGACCACCUUUGGGUUACAAAUCCAGAUCCAACUUGUUCCUGUCAUGCAGGUUUACGUCAGCCUGGACCAGAGCUACAGAGGAAAGACACGUGGUUUAUGUGGGAACUUUAAUAUGAUUCUGAGUGAUGACAUGAAGACGCCUCAGGGCAUCGUGGAGGGAACAGCAGCAUCUUUUAGUAACUCCUGGAAGACGAAUGCCAUGUGCCCAGACCGAGAGGAAAGACUUGACGACCCCUGUUCUCUCAGUGUGGAGAAUGAGUUAUACGCCAAACACUGGUGCAGCUUACUGCUGAGUCCAAACAGCACCUUCAGCCGGUGUCGCUCCAUGGUGGAUCCUGACUUGUAUUAUAAGCGAUGUGUUUAUGCCAGCUGUAACUGUGAGAAGAGUGAGGGCUGCCUCUGCGCCGUCUUCUCCUCUUACGCCCGGGCUUGUGCAUCCAAGGGAGUGAUCUUGACAGACUGGAGAGACGUCGUGUGCGAUAAAUACUCCAGGAGCUGCCCAGAGACUCAGACCUACUUUUACAGCCAUCAGAGAUGCCAGCUGACCUGCGGAUCACUGAGGUCAGAGCAGCAGAGCUGCACAUCUGACUUCUUACCUGUGGACGGCUGUUCGUGCGCCGAGGGUCUGUACCUGGAUGACCAUGGGCUCUGUGUCCCCAUGGAGAAAUGUCUCUGCUACUAUAACGAACAGUAUUUUAGUCCAGGACAUUCCUUAAGCGUUGGAAAUGACCACUGUGUGUGCACCAAUGGAAUCUUUGAAUGCACUCAUCGGGAAGCUCGCUCAUCAAUAUGCACCGCUCCAAAAGUAUACUUCAACUGCUCAGCAGGACUAGGAGGUCUUGGCACGCAGUGUACCCAAACCUGUUUCAAUCUGGAUAUAGAUGAUUGUGAAUCAUCGGAGUGUGAAUCUGGUUGCAAAUGUCCAGUCAGCCUUUAUGAUGAUGGCAAAGGGUCUUGUGUGGAAAAACAUGAAUGUCCAUGUAUGCAUGAUGGGAAGGUUUACGCUGCAAAUACAACAGUCUCUAAUAAGUGCAACAAAUGCACAUGCUUUGGAGGAGUGUGGGACUGCACCAAGAAAACAUGCCCACAAUCCUGCAUUAUUUACGGGAGCGGCCAUUACACCACGUUUGAUCAGAAAACAUACGGGUUUCAAGGGCCUUGUGACUACGUUGCCGUCAAGAACAAAUGUGACACUAAGGCAGUACAGGACUUUGGAGUCAUAAUAGAAAACGUACCAUGUGGAUCCACGGGCACCACUUGCUCCAAAACUGUCAGGAUCCAACUUGGGCGAAAAGAGAUCAAGCUAUCAAAGGGUAAGUAUGAAGUGGAGGACCUGGGAAAUGGAACUUACCUUCAUUACACAAUAAGGAAGGCUGGCCUGUAUCUGCUGGUGGAAUCGGAGGUCGGUCUGUCAGUGAUGUGGGAUCACAAAACAACUGUUCGUAUUCUCUUGGAGCCACAACACAGUGGAGAGAUAUGUGGCCUGUGUGGAAACUUUGAUGGCGAUGGCCAAAAUGACUUCACCACUCAGGCUAAGCUGGUCGUGAGCAGAUCUGUAGAAUUUGCAAACAGCUGGAAGGCAUCCAGCACCUGCCCAGAUGUGGAGCUGAUUACUGACCCCUGUAAGGCAACACCAAAAAGACAUCACUGGGCAAAAAUGAUGUGCAGCAUUAUAAUUGGAGAUACAUUUAAAAGCUGCCACAGUAAGGUGGACCCGCUUCCCUUUCAUGAUAACUGUGUGAGGGAUUCUUGUGCCUGCGACACUGGGGGGGACUGUGAGUGUUUCUGCACAGCGGUCGCAGCCUAUGCUCAAGCCUGUAAUGAGGCUGGCGUCUGCGUUGCAUGGAGAAGUCCGGAUGUCUGUCCUGUGUUCUGUGAUUACUACAACAACCAAACCGAGUGUCUGUGGCACUACCAGCCUUGUCACACUCCGUGCUACAAGACCUGUCAGAACCCACAAGGAGUCUGUAACAACUCUUUGCCGAAUCUAGAAGGCUGUUUCCCCAAAUGUCCACAGGACAAACCCAUAUUUGAUGAAAAUAAGCAGCUAUGUGUGGAGAACUGUGUAUUUACAACCCCUGUAACAACUACACAGUAUACACCAGUAACACCAACAACACUGGCAACUGUCACUACAACCACAAAGCUGACCACAACUACGCAAGCCACAACAACACCACCAAGCACAACCAAACAAAUAACCACAACUACACAGGCUACAACAACACUGUCGACCAUCACUACAACCACAAAGCCGACCACAGCCACACGAGGCACGACAACGCCACCAAGCACAACCAAACAAAUAACCACAACUACACAGGCUACAACAACAAUGCCAACUAUCACUACAACCACAAAGCCGACCACAACUACACAAGGCACGACAACGGCUACAACAACACUUCCAACUGUCACUACAACCACAAAGCCGACCACAACUACACAAGGCACGACAACGCCACCAAGCACAACCAAACAAAUAACCACAACUACACAGACUACAACAACACUGCCAACAAUCACUACAACUACAAAGCCAACCACAACUACGCAAGCCGCAACAACAACACCGAGUACAGCCAAACAAAUAACCACAACUACACAGGCUACAACAACACCUCCAAGCACAACCAAACAAACAACCACAGCUGCACAGGCUACAACAACACUGCCAACAAUUACUACAACUACAAAGCCAACCACAACUACGCAAGCCGCAACAACAACACCAAGUACAGCCAAACAAAUAACCACAACUACACAGGCUACAACAACACCUCCAAGCACAACCAAACAAACAACCACAACUACACAGGCUAAAACAACACUGCCAACUGUUACUACAACCACGAAGCCGACCACAACUACACAAGGCACGACAACAGCACCAAGCACAACCAAACAAAUAACCACAACUACACAGGCUACAACAACACUUCCAACAAUCACUACAACCACAAAGCCGACCACAACUACACAAGCCACAACAACUCCACCAAGCACAACCAAACAAAUAACCACAACUACACAGGGUACAACAACACUGUCGACUAUCACUACAACCACAAAGCUGACCACAACUACGCAAGCCACAACAACACCACCAAGCACAACCAAACAAGUAACCACAACUACACAGGCUACAACAACACCUCCAAGCACAACCAAACAAACAACCACAACUACACAGGCUACAACAACACUGCCAACUAUCAAGACAUCCACAAAGCCGACCACAACUACACAAGGCACAACAACACCUCCAAGCACAACCAAACAAACAACCACAGCUGCACAGGCUACAACAACACUGCCAACAAUCACUACAACUACAAAGCCAACCACAACUACGCAAGCCGCAACAACAACACCAAGUACAGCCAAACAAAUAACCACAACUACACAGGCUACAACAACACCUCCAAGCACAACCAAACAAACAACCACAACUACACAGGCUAAAACAACACUGCCAACUGUCACUACAACCACGAAGCCGACCACAACUACGCAAGGCACGACAACAGCACCAAGCACAACCAAACAAAUAACCACAACUACACAGGCUACAACAACACCUCUAAGCACAACCAAACAAACAACCACAACUACACAGGCUAAAACAACACUGCCAACGGUCACUACAACCACGAAGCCGACCACAACUACACAAGGCACGACAACAGCACCAAGCACAACCAAACAAAUAACCACAACUACACAGGCUACAACAACAUUUCCAACUGUCACUACAACCACAAAGCUGACCACAACUACACAAGGCACGACAACGCCACCAAGCACAACCAAACAAAUAACCACAACUACACAGACUACAACAACACUGCCAACAAUAACUACAACUACAAAGCCAACCACAACAACGCAAGCCGCAACAACAACAACGAGUACAGCCAAACAAUUAACCACAACUACACAGGCUACAACAACACCUCCAAGCACAACCAAACAAACAACCACAGCUGCACAGGCUACAACAACACUGCCAACAAUCACUACAACUACAAAGCCAACUACAACUACGCAAGCCGCAACAACAACACCAAGUACAGCGAAACAAAUGACCACAACUACACAGGCUACAACAACACCUCCAAGCACAACCAAACAAACAACCACAACUACACAGGCUAAAACAACACUGCCAACUGUCACUACAACCACGAAGCCGACCACAACUACACAAGGCACGACAACAGCACCAAGCACAACCAAACAAAUAACCACUACUACACAGGCUAAAACAACACUGUCGACUGUCACUACAACCACAAAGCCGACCACAACUACACAGGCUACAACAACGCCACCAAGCACAACCAAACAAAUAACCACAAAUACACAAGCUACAACAACACUGUCGACUAUCACUACAACCACAAAGCCGACCACAACUACGCAAGCCACAACAAAACCACCAAGCACAACCAAACAAACAACCACAACUACACAGGCUACAACAACACCUCCAAGCACAACCAAACAAACAACCACAACUACACAGGCUACAACAACACUGCCAACUAUCAAUACAUUCACAAAGCCGACCACAACUACACAAGGCACAACAACACCACCAAGUACAGCCAAACAAAUAACCACUACUACACAGGCUAAAACAACACUGUCGACUGUCACUACAACCACAAAGCUGCCCACAACUACACAAGGCAUGACAACGCCACCAAGCACAAACAAACAAACAACCACAACUACACAGGCUACAACAACACUGCCAACUAUCACUACAUCCACAAAGCCGACCACAACUACACAAGGCACAACAACACCUCCAAGCACAACCAAACAAACGACCACAACUACACAGGCUACAACAACACCCCCAAGCACAACCAAACAAAUAACCACAACUACACAGGCUACAACAACACUGCCAACUAUAACUACAACCACAAAGCCGACCACAACUACACAGGCUACAACAACAUUGCCAAUUACCACUACAACCACAAAGCCGACUACAACUACACAGUAUAGAACACCAACGACAAGUACAACCAAGCAAAUGACUACAAGUACACAGUUUACCACACUGCCGCCAACUACCACUACAACCAAUAAGGCAUCCACAACUGCACGAGCCACAACAACACCACUAAGCAUAACCAAACAAAUAACCACAACUAAAUGGUUUACCACAACAGCCAAUGAACAAACCACAUUUGAACCAAUUACUCAUCCAACAGUAUCAACAACGCGUCCAAUAACUAAUCCUAUUGUAGUCGCUACAAGUGCCAAACCAAAUUGCCCAGACUGGGGUGUAUCGCAAAAUGAAACUUUCUUGUUGUGCAACUGCACCAUGGCCAGAUGCAUAGAAAACAACACAGUUGAAAUAAUACCAUAUAAAUGUCCACCUCUUGAAAACAUCACUUGUAGCAAUGGGAUGAAACCAGUUCUUGUGUAUGAUGAAUACCAUUGCUGCCAACAUUACGCUUGUGACUGUGCAUGUGAAGGUUGGGGAGAUUCUCAUUAUAUCACAUUUGAUGGAUUCCAUUACAGUUAUCAAGGAAACUGUACUUAUGUUUUGAUGGAGGAGACUUCACCAAAACAUAAUUUAAAGAUUUAUAUUGACAAUGUCAUCUGUGAUCCCAACAAAGAUGUGUCUUGUCCACAAUCAAUACAUGUGUCAUAUAAAUCCCAUGUUUUCACACUUAUAAAUAGAGCAGCACAGUUGAAGGCACUGAAAGAUGGAGUUCGUCUGAAACUACCUUUUUCAGAUCCUAGUGUUAAGAUCUUGGAUACUGGCAUUAAUUUGGUUUUGGAGAUCCCUCACUUACGAGCCGUCAUUACAUUUGGAAUAACAGGCUUCAGCCUUAACCUGCCAUUUGAAUUCUUUGGCACAAACACACAAGGCCAUUGUGGAACAUGCAAUAACAACCAGACUGAUGAUUGUAUGUUGCCUGGAGGCUCCCUGGCACAAAGUUGUGCCGUGAUGGCAGACUAUUGGUUCUCAAAGAACAUCAGCCAAAACUGUAAGAUACCAUCUGCGCCACCCACCAACUUUUCUGAGCCUCCCCCAACCUUUGCUCCAUGCAAUCCAGACUCCAUAUGUGACCUCCUUAAGAGCAGUGUCUUUGAGAAGUGCCAUCCCUUUGUCUCACCUGACAAGGUGUACCAGGGUUGUGUUUUUGACAGUUGCCAUGUUUCUAACCCAGCAGUGGAGUGCACAAGUUUGCAGACUUAUGCUGCUGCAUGUGCUCAGGCUGGAGUUUGUAUCCACUGGAGGAACCACACUAAGCUGUGCACAAGUGACUGCCCAUCAAACAAAGUCUACAAACCAUGUGGUCCUGCAGAGCAGCCAACCUGUGAAGACAGUCCAAAUGAACCAACACUGAACUUCACUACUGAAGGCUGCUUUUGUCCUGAUGGAAUGAAACUCUUUAAUAAAGAAUCUGGCAUAUGUGUAGACAAGUGUGGAUGUCUUGAUCCUGAGGGCAUUCCUCGUAAGUUUAAUGAAAGGUUUGAUUACAAAUGCCAAAGCUGCAUCUGUGAAGAAUCCACAAAGACAGUGACUUGCACGGCCAAGGAGUGCCCAGCACCACCUCUAAAAACCUGCUCCGAACCAGGGUUUGUCCUUGUCAACCAGACAAGUCCAAUAGACCCCUGCUGUUCCACCUACGUUUGCCAGUGUCAGAUCAAUACUUGCCCAGCUGACAGCAUGAAAUGCACAGUUGGGUAUGUGCCAGUUGUCAGUGUCCCUGAAGGAAAGUGCUGUCCGGAGCACACAUGUGAGCCUAAAAGAGUAUGUGUUUACAAAAACAUUGAAUAUCAGCUCGGUUCUGCAGUUCCUGUGAAUGUGUGUCAGAACUGUACCUGUUCCAAUAUGAUUCAGCCUGAUUCCAACCUAUUUAGAAUAUAUUGUGAGCUUCUGAAAUGUGAUGAAACCUGUGAUUUGGGGUAUGAGUAUGUACAAGAUCCCAAUGAGUGCUGUGGGAAGUGUGUACAGACUCAUUGUGUCCUCAGCCUCAAUGGCAGCACUCAACUCUUGAGGCAAGAAGAAACCUGGUCAUCAUCUGACAGUAUGUGUGAGUACUACAACUGUUUUAAGAGUGGCCAAACAUUAGUAACAACCAGUUCACAAGUCAUCUGCCCACCAUUCGACCCAAACAAUUGCAAACCAGUAAGUGUCACAUAUUAAUUGAAUUGGCCGUAAAAACUUAAAAACGUGAAGCUAAUGUGGUGUAACUCUUACCUAGAAUACAACUCAGACUGCAGCAAAUGGAUGUUGUAAAAUUUGUGUGGAGAAGGAUAGGGCAUGCAAGCUAGUACCACACAUGAGCCACAUCAUCAUCAAUAACUGCCAGACCCUCGAGGAAGUAGACAUGCCGUACUGUGAAGGCUCCUGCCAUACUUUCACCAA